AAAUUUUAAUAAUGUUUUUUACGAAAGACAUCGACUUUUGUUUACACAAAUGAUAAAAUUUGAUGAUUUUCAUGGGUCUACGUGCAAUUAGUAAGAUAGACAUAAACUCAUAUAUGUUACUAAUUGCACGUAUACUCAUAAUUUUAUUGACGUCUUCAUUUAAUCAAAUAAAAAAAAACAAAUUUCCCAGUUACAUAAAUUGGUAAAAAAAACAAAUUUCCUAAUACAUAAUUUAAUUUAGUAUAUAUAGAAUGAUUUUUUGUCAUUUUUUAUUAUCUUCGAAAUUUCUAUUAUAAAAAAUUUUAUUGCCUUAAAAUUGAAAAUGAAGUCUCAAAAAUUUUUCAUUUUUAUUACAACAUUAACAAUAUUCAUCAAUGCUGAUAGUGUAUUUGGUACUGAUUUCUUUAUGGCAAAUGUACCAACAUUGAGUAAACCCCGAGGAAAUAUAAAAAUACUUCAUGUCACUGAUACAACAGUCAAUUUAAAAUGGAAUUGCGAGUACAAUGAAAAAAAUUAUCACAUUAUCUCGCAUAAUAUGAAAAAUAAAACCAGUAGGUACAUUAAACAUUUGUACUCAAAUGAAAUAUCUACAUCAAACAUUGAAAAACAAAGAAUAACUGAUCUUGAACCAGGAUGUUUGUAUAAAUUUGAAAUUUUGUGUUUGAACAUGGGUAAAGUUUCAAAUGAGGAAGAAAUUGAAUUUAGUAGACUCAUUAGCAGGGAAAUCAUCACUAAUAAACCAUCAGAUAGACCCGCUAAACCCAAAGGACCCUUUCAGGCAUUUAAUAUCAAAUAUAAAGAAUUAACACUCCGAUGGAUUAAACCUGAUAAUAUUACAACUGCUAUGUACAAAAUUACAUGGACGAAAACAAAUUCAAAGAAAGAAAAUUCAACAAUAAUUCACAGUCAAUCCGAAUAUCCACAAUAUAAAAUCACUGGACUUAAAGCAGGCAAAAGAUAUAAUUUCCAAGUUCAAAGUUACAAUAAUAAAGGAACUUCCGAUAGUCUCGUACUCGAGGAAAUUGUAACAAAACAUCCAUUAGAUUCUGCAAUUGAUCAUGCCUUGAGAGAAUCUAAUAGAAGAAAAAUUAGAACUAAUUUUAUCACUUAUGAUGCAAUACAAUUUGUAUGGAAUAAACCAAAAAGCAAUUCCUUUCAAGGAGAAUAUGGAAUUUUUAUAGCUGAUCGAGAGAAGCAUUGGUACAUUAAAAACAUUAAGGAUACAUCAAAUAAUCCAAAGUACACAAUUCAAAAUCUCACACCAGGAGGAUGUUAUAAAUUAAUAAUUAAUAUUAUUGAUGAUAAAAAUUCUAAUCUUCUCGUGAGCAAAGCAAUUAAACUUGAUAAUCCAUUAGAUAAACCAAAUCCACCUAGACAACCAUUUUUUGUAAAAAAAAUCACGAGUACAACAGCUGAAUUACAAUGGAAUACACCUGAGAAUAGUACAAGAUUUAUAAAAUACAAUAUCAUUUGGAAGGAAAUAGACACGAAUAUACAAAAAACUAUUACCAUUUUCAAGGCCAACGGCAAAUCUUCAUUUACAAUUACUAAACUUAAUCCAGGCAAAAGAUAUGAUUUUGAAAUUUCGGCUUUUAAUAAUAAAGGAAGUAGUGAUAGUCUCUUUAUUAAAAAUUUCAUAACUAAAGUCUAAAUUACAAUGAAGACAAAAAUUUAUUUAAAUGAAUUUAUUUAUUAUUUGAUAUUUAGUAUUUAUUAUGAUUAUUAUUUAUUGACGUUAUUUAAUAUUGUUAAAUAUAUAUUUUUUUUUAUCAAAAAUUCAUAAAUUAAAAAAUUUUUUUCAAAAAUCAGUUUAUUAUAUUUUAUUCAAAAAUUGAAAAAUCAUAUCCGCUACUUUCAAAAGUUCAUAUAUAACUAUUUCUUAUGGAAACAAUCCUCAAUGGUAAUUGUAAUUAAAUGUUAGUUUUAGUUUCCACUUGUGGCUGAGUAUAUCAUAGGUAUAGGUGUAAAUUUUAUAAGUUUCAUGUCAAGUCAAUGUAUAAAAUAUAUAUAUUCUUCUUAAUUAUAAGCUUUUCGAUCACAUCACGUUGAUCAUCUUCAGUAACACUAAAAUAUCAAUGAUUAACAAUCGAUUAGUUGUUAUUUUUGUGAAUUUAAAAUUAUUUCUGCAAUAUUGCAUUACAAACUUACAAAAGAUAUGGAAAAUAUUGCACGAUGGUGACAUUAAGGUUAGAUUGUCUACUUGGAGUAGUUCUUAUUUAAACUUUCCACGCCGAUGCUAACGGCUCGAAGGUAACUCCAUACUUUCAUUCAUGUACAAAUCGUAAAUUUACAAAUCAUUAUUUUAUAUAAAAAUUAGAGAAAAAUAAUAAAAUUGAUAAUAAUGACUAUUUAAAAAUCAAAAAAGAAUAAAAAAUAACUAUAUCAAUGAAA